UGCCCUAAACCCCAAAAUAAAAAAGGUGUCUUCUUGAUGAGCUGCUACAGCGCUGCCUCUUCUUAGCCAAAAAAUUCUCACCGGACGAAGUCCGGCCACCACCUUCCAAUCCUCCCGGAGUUCUGGAGUCCCGUCACCAUCCUCUAACCCUUGCCGGAGUUUUGUUUAGGGCGUCCAUCUUCUCCAUAAUUUGAAUCCAGGAUAGGCCUUAUCAACGAAACCUCAUGUGGGGGUUGAGGCGCUUAAAUAGGCAUUGCUUGAGGGUGUUAUCAGGACUUCAGAAUAGGGGUUCUUUGCCUAGAGAUGCUUCCUGGCAGAUUAAAGGCAAUUGUGAGAUCAGAUCACAAACAUAUGAAAUGAACUUGACCUCUGCUUCAUCGUUUGGAUUGGCUAAUAUUUGUAGAAUGAUGUCAACUACAAAGGGCAGGAGCAUGCGGAGCAAAGUGGAGAAAAGAAUGCGUAGAGAAACAGGAAAAACCUUAAGGGAGAUUAGGCGUGCAAAAAAAUUACGCAAGAAAUUAAUGACAGAUGAAGAGAGGCUCAUAUAUAACUUAAGAAGAGCCAAGAAAAAGGUAGCUUUACUUCUGCAGAAACUCAAGAAGUAUGAGCUGCCUGAAUUGCCUGCUCCUCGUCAUGAUCCAGAACUGCUUACCCCAGAGCAGCUUCAAGCAUACAAAAAGAUUGGCUUUAGAAAUAGAAAUUAUGUGCCUGUAGGAGUCCGUGGGGUAUUUGGGGGUGUUGUGCAAAAUAUGCAUCUUCAUUGGAAGUUUCAUGAGACGGUCCAAGUUUGUUGCGAUAACUUUCCGAAGGAAAGGAUCAAAGAGAUGGCCACUAUGAUAGCAAGAUUGAGUGGUGGCAUUGUGGUCAACAUACACAAUGUGAAAACAAUCAUCAUGUUCCGUGGAAGAAACUACAGGCAACCGAAGAAUCUAAUUCCCAUCAAUACACUCACUAAAAGGAAGGCAUUAUUCAAGGCCAGAUUUGAGCAAGCUCUCGAGUCUCAAAAGCUAAACAUCAAGAAAUUAGAGCAGCAGCUCCGGCGCAUGGGUGUCAACCCAGAGGAUCCGGUGGCAAUGGCCAGCAUCCAGAGAGUGGCUUCCACAUUCUUCCGCGCAAUAGAUGAGCAGCAGGGUACUCCAUAUGUCUUCCGCGAGGACAGACAACCAGUAUCUGGGAUUGAUGAUGCCGGGGUGGAAUCACCUGCAGUACAAUCAGAAGAUAGUGACCAGGAGGAGCUUGAUCGUUUCAUUGCUGAAAUAGAGGAGGCUGCCGAUCAGGAAUGGGCAGCAGAAGAAGCAGCGGAAAGAGAAGAAGCGUCGAAGAUUAGAUAUUGGGGAAGAGAAGAAAUAGGGAUGAGAGGUAGAAGCUCACAAUGGAGAGAUUAUCAUGACUUUGAAGAAGAUGCCGGUGGUCGCGGAAGAGGUCAGGAUAGCAGAAGUGGCAAUAAUCAAAGGACCGUGAAUAUUCGGAAAUGGGAUAGUGAUGAUGAGGUUUCAGAAGCAUCAGAAGGAAUGGAGUCGGAUUUUAAUAACGAUGUGGAUGACCAGGAUAGUGAAGAUGAUGACUCUCCUGAAUUGAGAACAAGAAAUAGGGACUUAGGUGGCCGAGGUGGAAUAAGGCAGCAGCUCCAUUCGUUGGACACCAAACCGAAUGUGCAAUCUGAAUUCGAUGAGUUUGACAACUCCGAAGAUGAGCUUUGGGGAUCUGAAUAUAGUCCAAAAGCUUCUAAGGAUAAUGUAAAUAAUUAUAUCAGUAGCGGGGAGGAGAGUGAUACUCUUGCUCGGCCGUCUGCAGUUUUGUCGGAAAAAAAUAUCGAUGAGAGUUGGGACAGUGAUUAGAAAAGAAAAUUUAUGUGAAGCUUUAAAUGCUUCAUUUUGCAUUGGAGAAAAUUGAAUAGAGGGUGUUGUAUGAUGUUUUUGAAAUAUUUAUUGGUUGAUUGCCAAAAGUCUAGCACCAUUAUUUUGAUCUCU